GACAACAGAGUGUCGUAACCAACGCACUUGAACAUACCACGGGGACGUACCAUAACAAGGAAGAACGCAAAGGAAUGACCUGACAGCCGCAUGACAGAUGUUUCGUCUUAUAAACCUACAUUUCUUCACUGUGACGAACAUUGAGCCACUCAUCGAAUGGUAAAACAGAGCUCAUCUGACCUCAGAGAGGCACAAUGCUUCGAGCCAAGCUGAGCAGCCUACUGACUAUGGGCACUGUGAGGAGGAUUCAUCGUGGAGGUGGUUACUCUUGUAUCUCCAGCCUUUCCAGCCUGUCACACAGCUGCCUUCAAAAGAAACGGACCAGGACUAAAGGCUGCUCAGAAUCCAGGACUUUUCACCACUGCAGUGCCAUCCAUCCAUCCAUCAGAGAGCACAGUGGGAGAAGAUCUUUCAGUUUGUCAGCUGCUGCUAUUGUGAACUCAGCACCAGUUCACGUUCAACCAUACCUCCGACUGAUGAGGCUGGAUAAACCCAUUGGAACAUGGCUUCUGUACCUCCCCUGCACAUGGAGCAUCGCUCUGGCAGGCGACCCCGGCUGCCUGCCCGAUCUGGGCAUGCUCACUCUGUUCGGUACCGGGGCUCUGCUAAUGAGGGGGGCCGGCUGCACGAUCAACGACAUGUGGGACAAAGACUUUGACAGAAAGGUGUCCAGGACGGCCUCCCGGCCCAUUGCGUCCGGAGAGAUCUCUCGAUUCCAGGCACUUGUCUUCCUGGGCGGACAGCUGUCCCUCGCUCUUGGGGUUCUUUUGUGCCUCAACUAUUACAGCAUAGCUCUGGGUGCUGCGUCCUUAUCUCUCGUCAUCUCCUAUCCGCUCAUGAAGAGGAUCACUUACUGGCCGCAGUUUGUUCUGGGGCUCACGUUUAACUGGGGCGCUCUGCUGGGCUGGGCGGCUGUUCAGGGCUCCUGCGAUUGGUCCGUGUGCCUCCCGCUGUAUUUCUCAGGAGUGAUGUGGACGCUGAUUUACGACACAAUAUAUGCUCAUCAGGACAAGGAGGAUGACAUCAAGGUGGGCGUGAAAUCGACUGCGCUGAAGCUCCAGGACCAAACCAAACCGUGGCUGAGCGGUUUUGCUGUGGCCAUGAUGUCGGGGCUGGUUGUAGCGGGCGUUAACGCUGAACAGACGCUCCCGUACUACGCAGUCCUGACCACCGUUGCUGCUCAUGUGGCGCACCAGAUUUACACACUUGACAUCAACAAACCGGAGGACUGCUGGAAGAAAUUUGUGUCGAACAGGAAUCUUGGACUGUUGCUAUUUUUAGGGAUUGUCACAGGCAAUUUGUGGAAAACGAGAAGAGAGGUUUUGCUGCAAAAUGAAGAAGAAUUAAGAGAUAGCCACUGUUCAACAUGAGGAAAUACCCUGUGUUGGUUAUUUUUAAAGAACUCAAUUAUUGGAUGGAAAGUUGUUUAUUGAAAAAAUUAAAUUCUGAUGCAAUUCCCCUUCA